ACAUUAAAGCAUGUUCAAAAACAUAGUUUAGAGGCACUAAAUACUAAUGUGAACCUGAAGAUAAGCAUUAUGGGGGCCUAUUUAAGUUUAUUACUCCUAUGUUAGAAACAAAACUCUGGUGAAGCAUAUUUUUUCUUUAUGAAUGUGGAGAAGAAAAAAAACCUGCAUUAUCACAUGCACAAUACAUUUAGUUUGAAAAAAAUAAUUUAAUAUCUUACAUUUGGCAGGCUAAGGCUACAGAUAAUAAAACCAAAACAAAGCUACUGAGACCACCGCAUAGGAAAACCUAUGACAGUUAAAAAGUUGCUUAUAUCAUUGUUUAGAGAUAUUUAUGCCAUUAAGACAUAACAAAACAAUGCAUCAAUAAGACACUUAAAACCAACAAAGGAAAGGCACUAUUAUGUUCAAAUUGAGUUAUUUAGCAGUAAAGUAGAGGUACCUUUAAAUAACAGAAAAACAUUACGAGUGUCAGAUUUAAGAAAGAGGCAAACAAAAACAUUUGAUUCCAGGAUUUGUUCUUUCGGCUCAACCUUUGCAGCGAGGCUUUUUUUGUUCAGAGAUGGAGAGAGGAGAAAAGCUUCCUGGGAACCGCAGAGUCCACAGCUUUUCCUGUGUGGAUGUAUUGUGGAGUUUCGUUCCUGAAAGGAGCGCUGUUCUCUUUGUCCACCACCAGACCACCGUAACACUUUCUACACACCGCCUGAUACUUGUCAACGCCACCGAUCACUUCCACCUGUGGCACGGAGGGAAAACAGUUACCAGGUUAUUUGAUUUGAUUGAAUAAAUGGAAACUCUGUUCACUUAAUAUGUACCCCACAGAGUAAGGGUGAUAUGGACAGAUGAAUUAGGGCCACUAUGAGAAAAAUAAGCAAAUUAAUAUAUUCUCUGGGAUAAAUGUGGUGCAUUUCAGGGUUAAAGAAACUACACAUUUCUACAAGACUAAAAAGACUUCAAUGUAAAUGAAAACUAUAUAUAUUUGUGGUCAAUUACACUAAUAUUGCAAAAGUCUAUCUUUUUCUGGAUAAGUACCGCCUGUCCUGUCUCACUGUAUUAAAUAAACAUGAGAAUUCAAAUAACAUUUAGAUUUAACUGAAAUAGUUAUCUGUGAGUAUUGUGAACUGAUUUUGGUAAAACCAUCUUGUUAUUAUGUAAUUAAGUAUAGAGACAUGGUAGUAAGAAAAACAACUGUUGUGACGCAUGUUAUGGGAACUUGGGAAGACAUUUCUGAGAUCCUCCUCACCUCCUGCUCUGCUCCUAUCCUCUUGGUGUAGGCAGCCUCUUUGAAACACUGCAUGCAGACGGCAUGGAGCUUCACUACGCUCUCUGCUAGAGGGAUGAGGUUCAGGAUGUUUCCAAAAGGCUACAAGAAUGCAGAGAACAGCAGAAAAAGCAGUCAGAACCACUGAAUGGAUGGAGGUUUAAUAACAUUACAAGGACAGAACACUAUAGAAAGCGAUAACGAGCGCUGUCAAAGAGUGCUGCUCAUGCAGAUUGUUCACCAUCUUCGCUAAAGAAUGACCUUUUUUUAGACAGAGGGGCAUUAUCAGCAUCUAUACAGUGUCCAAGUGUUUGUGAAAAUCACAUUUAGACAAACACAGAUACUCACUUUUCUCUGAAAGGUUCCAUCCAAGGCAGCUACAAUGAUUGUCUUCCCUAAAUUGGCCAUUUCUUCACAAAAUUCCACUGUGUCUGGAAACUGUGAGAACACACAACAAGUGCAAAUUGGUUAUUGAGGAAUCUGUCAUAAGACAUACUGGUCUCUAUAAGUAAACAGUAUAAAGAUCGAAAAGAUAUGAAGCAUAUUUACUUACAAAUUGUCCUUCGUCAAUUCCUAUGACACAGGCUUGUAAUGCCAGAGACCGCAAGUUUCCAAGACGAUCGGCCGGUACAGCUUCCAUUAUGUUUCUAACGGAUGGAAAGGAUAGAGGAGGAACAUGUAUAUUGUCACAGAUGUUGAAAUUGAUCUGAUACUACAUUACAAAUUACUUUAAGCAGGAGGUGUACCAAAAUAAUUAUGUGGAAUGUCCCCACUAGAGGACCUCCUUGCUCAGAUAUCAGGACCACAAAAGGAACACAUUAUUUCUCCCUUUCGCUUUUUAAGUAACUAAUGCAAUCGCAUAUUUUGUUCAAUUUUUCUACUCUUUUGGACAAAAGAAUAAUUUAUUUCUUUGCAGAUAUUUUAAGCAAUCUCAGGUUUAAAUUUUUCUUUUGACAUUUCAAUUUUCCCCAACAUAGUUUAAGUGCAAACAUUUUUCCUUGUAUGUAUUACUUGUUUUAGUAAGGACAUUGUUCAAACAGAGGUGCAAAAAAAGCUCAAAUUUAGAGCAAGGUAACAACGUCUUAGUCUAGUUUAAUUAAUUUACUACACAUACCCAAAACACAAACACUGGUAUAUUUCUGUAAAUGUGAACGUAUUUGUAAAUAAAAACAGGGUACUUACUUGUCAUGUGUUGCCAUGCCUUGGUCAGAAUAACGUGUGUCUUUGCAUACUUGACCACCAGGCAGUUGUACUGUGCUAUCUGGAACCUGCGCACUCUCCUCAUCAGUUCAGUGCUGCACACAUAAUGACAAUAGUUUAGUUAAAGUCGGGGGAAACACAACUGUACAUUAUUAUUGACAGUGCCUCUUUAAAAACAAUCAAACAACAUGCUGCUGCACCAUAAUCACGAGUCAACAUAUACUAGUGUUUAUUGUAAUAUUGUUUGGUAUAUUGUGCAAUAUCGUUUAGAGUGCUGCUACAAUGUAUAAAUACAUACAAAGCAGACUGCAUAUCACAUAAUUCAUAUAGACUCAAUCUUAUUAUACAUCCAUGGCCUCAAUAGACAGCAGCUGGGUAAACAAUGGCAGAUAUUUGGCGGGAUGUUUAAGUAUGGGCGGAAUGUUUUUGUAAAAUUACAUUAAAUGUUGAAGAUGAAUGACAACAGCUUAGUACUGAUAGAAAAUAAGAUUUGUUUUACUGUUCCAAGGACCAAAAACUCACCUUUUGCCUGAAAACAUUGGUCCAAAGAUGACCUAAAAACAACAGUGAAGGGCGGUAAAUCAUACUGAGGUAGUCGGUACAGUUAAGGCAGCCGAUGGUCAAUGACACAGAACCAAACGGAUUUAAUAAGACACGUAACUAUAGCUUAUAAUCAGUCCUGAGUGUGCAAUUUAAAGACAAACUGUAAACUACUUGAUAGGAUGGUAAAACUGAGGCAACGAAAAAGUUACUAACCUGAAUUUGUCCUCGUGCUUUCCUCGGUGAAUUUGGCAUAACUCUUGGGGAAUCCACACAGUCCAUUUUGACUUAAAUACGCUUUAAUUCAGUAAAAACAGUGGAAAAAAUACAGUCGAAUAAAUAACAAAUAAAUGUAAGCUCAAAGGAGAGUCCUGACACCAAAUAUUGAAUAUUCCCGCUGGUGGUCGUGCGCAGCUUUAUCUAAAGGUGAUGGACCAAUGGGCGCGGAGUCACAUGAUUCUUUGAACCAAUCAGCUUCCACGGAGAUGCGACGGAUGUGACGACAGAGAGAGUGACUUCCAUGGUGGGAAACGCUUGUUCUGAAAUAAUAAAAAAACAAUCUGAUUAUUUUCCUUAUUUUAACAGAAAUUAUCUUGAAUGAAGUCACAUAUACAAAAUAUGAAACUUAUUUUAAAAUCCGACUAAAUUGUUUGUAUCUUUGUAUGAUUUUACUUCCUCAAUCUGUAGUGGUCAUAUGGUUUGUCAAAGAGAGAGAAUGGUAAUGGGCAAAUAUAUUCAGUAUUUUUCCCUUCCCCCUUUUAAAUCUGCUGUAAACACGGUUUCAAGGUCUCGCUAUCAGGGAACUAUACAAACUGAGCUUUAGUCUAAAGUUCAGUGCUUACGCUGUGGCACCGACUUUCUGCCUGCAGACUUUUGGAAACUUCAAGAGAAAACAUGACACACUGGACUGAUAUAAAGAAAGAUCAGUCCCUCGGUUUGACAGGAGCUCGAGAGGCAGUAUUCCCCCAGCCAGUGGUCGCACAGGAUGUCUGCAGACGACGUGAUUAACGCUCACGUAAAGGCUCUGAAGGAAGGUACGGAGCAGGCCCGUGGUCUGGCUCAAACGUUGCUCAACGUGCCGUACGGGGAGGGAGACGGAGAAAAACUUGAUGUCUACAUCCCUAGCACCAACUCUUUGGAUGUCCCCCUUGUUAUUUACAUACAUGGAGGCUACUGGCAGUUUCUCAGCAAGGAGGAUUCAGGAUUCAUGGCUGUUCCACUCAUUGGUAAAGGUGUAGUGGUGGUUGCUGUCGGCUAUGACAUCGCCCCCAAAGGCAACAUGGACCUGAUGGUGUCUCAAGUACGCCGCAGUGUUGUGUCUGUUAUUCAGCAGUAUUCUCACAUCAGUGGCCUGUACCUGUGUGGUCACUCUGCCGGGGCUCACCUGGCUGCUAUGGUCCUCUCCACUGACUGGUCUGAGUACAGCGUCACUCCUCAGAUCAAAGGUGCUUUCCUUGUCAGUGGAAUAUAUGACCUACUGCCCAUCCUGUCCACCUACGUCAACGAGCCUCUGAAGAUGACAGAGGAGGUGGCAGUGAGGAACAGCCCCAGUCAGCUGGUUCCUCAGCUCAAGCUCUCGUCCUCCAGCUGCCACAUCAUUGUAGCCGUCGCUGAGAAUGACUCGCCGGAGUUUCGCAAGCAAUCAGAAGAAUACCACAAAACUUUGGAGGCGUCAGGACUUGAUGUGACCUUGGAAGAUGUGGCCAACACAGACCACUUCAGUAUCAUCGAGCAACUUGUAGAUGGGGAGUAUCACCUUACAAAGCUUCUCUUGAAGACAAUGGGGAAGAGCUGAGGUGGUGGUCUUUGAUCCAUCAUCAUAUAUCCACAUACCUCUGUAUCAACAUACACCUCGAAACAGAGUUAUUGUGAAACGAUAAUGAUAAUAUAUGCAUUAUUUCAGGUUUGUACAUUAGCAAAUGUACUAGUUAACUCUAUCAUUACCUCUAUGUUCACUGUAGCUACUACUGUCAGAAGAACUGUGUGCCUAAACCUGAGUCACUAUAAAGAUGGUGAUUGUAGCAAAUUCUACUACUGUUAAACCCGCUCAUAUCCAAACAGAUUAUUAACCGCCCCUAGUGCACAAUGUUAUCAUUUGGAAGUACUGUUCCACCGGCACACUGAAAGUUUUAGAGAUCAUGGUUAGUUGUGGCAUAUUUACAGUGUUAUGUAAAAGGGUGGCUCUGUCUGUUUUGUUUUUUCUGUCUUGUGACAAUCUGAACCGCUACUUAAAGACCAUGGGUAGGAAAAAAAUACUCAUUUCGAGAGUACUGAUGUAUCAUAUAAAAAGAAUGAAGCUUUUGUUUUGUAACUGACACAUAUCUCCCCCAGGGAAAUUGAAUGAACACUAUAUAUUUGCACUGUUUAUUUGAGCCUAAUAUAGUACUUAUAUUUAAAUGCACAUAUUUUAACAUCAAAUGAGACAAAAUGAUGCACAUUGUUACUGCGCUUGUUCUAGCAUCUUUGGUAAUUGUUUCCAUUAUUGUUUAUACAAAGUGUUAAUCAUUACUGUAGAUUAUAGAGAGAAUCAUCACAAUAAAUAUAUACAUUUGAACAUC